AUGAACAGAACUCAUCCUCAGAGAAGUUUUGGUGGAAUCUUAUUUGACUCAACAAAGUCCUCCUCUGAAGAAAGAGAUCGCUGCCAGGAAUGCAGUGCAUGUUUAAGUUGUACUCGAAGAUGCCUCUGUAUCUCCAUUAUUGCGCUGCUUGCACUUGGCGUCGUAGGUGCUAUCAUUGGUUUUGCCGUCACAUUUGGACUCCCGCCACCCACUCCUGUGAACCGUUUCUGUGUGACUUCAGGUAAUCAGACUGGCUUUUUGUGUGAUGACAGAGUGACUUGCCUUUCAGCCAGUCAGAUCUGCAACAGAAUCAGAGAGUGUGUUAAUGGAGAGGAUGAGCAGGAGAAAUUAUGUAAUGAUUUGCCCAGUAACCUGCCAGGAUACUUGAUCUUCCGCUGCAGCAACCCUGUGUACUGGAUCUAUGCUGAUAAGAAGUGUAAUGGCGCGAAUGACUGUGGAGACUGUUCUGAUGAAAAGGGGACCUUGGCUAGCUGCCCUCCUUGUGGGACUCAGUGGUGGAGCUGCACACCGGUGUUUUUUGAGUAUUGCACCUGCAUUCCCAGGGCCCUCUGCGGAGACAGAAUCCAGCACUGCUCAGACUGGUCUGAUGAGUAUGCCUGCAAUAGAUGA